AUGUGUGGGGGCUACGAGGAAGACCCAGGUCUUCUCUGGCAUUGCCGCAAGGACCCGUAUUCAUCCUACAAAGCCGCAUUCGAGCAAGACUAUCUAGUAAGCUCAGUCGAGCUGACUUAUGCUGAAAACCCCGCCGUUUCGCUACUUACUACUGUGCGCGGUGCAGGUCAUGUCUUGCGCGGACCUCUAGACCCACCACCUUCCCCCGGAGACGAAGGACCUUAUCAUACUAUGCGGCUUCCGCCUUUGGAACUUGAGUACAGUUUGCCAUUAACCGCUGAUGAAAUGAAAGAUUUAUCCGUGGAAGACGUCAGAGAGGCUCCAGGAUUGGAAAACGUUCCUGCUGGGGUUCAGGGUCCCUUCCAAUGGGUGGACCUACUCGGGGAGGGCUUGGAGGGGAUCUUCGCUCAUCAGGGUGGUAAUUGGUCUUAUACGCGAAAUAUGAGCGCCAUCAAUUUCCCUGCGAAGAGGACGUAUGAGUCGAUCAUCCAGGGCCUGGCGUCUCUCCGUGUGGAAGAUGUUGAAUUCAGUCCCUUGGAGACGGUGGAAAAUCAGCCAGUUUUGACCUCAGAAGGCCAAUCAGGUCUCAAUUUUAUGUCUGUCGCGAGGGACAGUUGCCUCGACCUAGUCCGCAUGCGAGGAGAAGUGAAUGGUUUCUAUCGAAGUCUCGUAUCAUCCACCAUCGGACCAGUGAACACCUCGACGGCAGGUUGGACGCCUUUUCGGCCUUUUGAAUCUUCGCCGACAAUCAGUCUGGACGAACCCAACGUACGACUGGUCGACCUGUCAGGCAACGGCACUGCUGAUGUUCUAGUAACUCAUGAUGAUGUGUUUGUUUACUACGAAUCUCUUGGAGAGCUUGGUUUCCAGACUGCCGUCAACGAGAGCCAAGGACCUCGUGUCCUGUUUUCCGACCCAACCAACUCAAUUUACCUGGCAGAUAUGAGUGGCGAUGGCUUGGUUGAUAUUGGAUCAGAAAUGGAAGCGUUUGCUAUUGGCCGAAUAUAG